GUUGUUGUCAUGGUUACUGGAGUAAAACAAAAUGGCGGCUGAUGAAGCAAGCAGCAGCACUUAUAGCUCAACUUCUCAUCUUCUCUCCAGCCUCCACAAUGAGAGAGAGAGGAAACUAGCUCGCUCUAGUAUUGGUGAUUGUACUGACCUUACUUUAAGCUGGCCUCCAUUGUCCACAAUCAUUACAGAGGAGACAAAUUUAACUGAUCUAUCGUUAGCUGGUACUGAGGGAGCAAGCAUCACCAUUAAAUUUAAAAACGGGAAUUGCUACAAGGGUACGAUGGUUAAUGGAUUGUUAAAUGGUAGAGGUCGAUACAUGUGGGCUGAUGGAACCAUAUAUGAAGGAGACUUUAUAAUGAACUCGAUUACCGGCCAUGGAACUUACCACUGGACGGAUAACAGUUGGUACAAAGGAGAAGUGGAAGACGGUUAUCGUCAUGGUUAUGGAGUGUUUCGUUCCGGCCAGUUGACGUACACUGGUCAAUGGGUUAAAGGGAAGAGGCAAGGAAAGGGUAAAGUGGAGUAUGGCUCAGGUGCAUAUUAUGAUGGUGAGUGGUUUGAUGAUAAGGAGAAUGGAAGAGGAACAAGACUGUACAGUUCUGGUAACAUGUACGAUGGUGAAUGGAAGAAUAGACUGCGUCAUGGCCAUGGUACGAUGCACUGGAAAGAAGAAGGUGAGAGAUACACUGGUGACUGGGUCAAUGGCAUACAGCAUGGUAAAGGUACUCACAUUUGGAUUGUUGGUCAUAUUGAUAAUUCACAAUAUCCGGUAUAUAAUAGUUACAGUGGUGAUUGGAAUAAUGGGAUCAGAGAAGGAUGGGGUACCUUUCAUUAUGCUUGUGGUGCUGUUUUUGAAGGCAUUUGGAUUAACAAUAAAAAGAACGGAAAAGGCAAAUACACCACACCUAAUGGAGACAAGAUUGAAGGAACUUUUUAUGAUGACAAACUAAUGACCAGCAGCAAGACAAAAGAAGAGAAUCUUCCUCUUAGACCAAAUACCCCACUAAGCAAUGCAAUAGGUGAUAUUGAUGGUGUUGAGAAAGGCAGAACAGAGCAGUUCAAGCUCUGUGUCUCAUCACUCAUCAGUGAGAGUUGUACUGACAUUAAUUAUGAAAUGACAGAGGUGCACACUGUCAUAUUGAGAUACCUAACACAAUUGAGACGUAUUUAUCACAAAUACAGCACACUGGGGACAGCCCCACACUGCAACAACUGUGGACACAUGCUCAAUAGACUACAACUGUGGCAGUUUUUGCGAGACUGUCAGUUGUACAGGCAUGGAUUAACUGUAGCACAAGUUGAUGAAAUAAUAAAACCAUGUCAAGGUGGAGAGAGUCCUUCUGGAGUUGAUGAUGAUUCACUGAUCAUUAAUGAUAGAUAUUUAAUGAGGGAGUUCCUGCAAUGUCUCUUCUUCAUUUCUUAUCACAUUUACCAUCAGGAGAGCGUUCAGUUGUCAAAAUGUUUUGACUCAUUUAUGAGAAACGACUGCCUACCAAGAGCAUGUGACAUACAAGGUCAAUUUUUUUCAAGCAGUUCUAUACUUGAUAAAUAUACUGAUUCACUUUGGAGUCUUUAUAAAGGAAUGAGAGAUGACACUAAUACACCAACACUUAGGGACCUGUUAUUUUUCAUUAAAGAUUGUACAAGUGAUGUGAGAUUAGACUCUCAACUGAUAGUCAGUGAAAUAGUUAGUCUCCAGCCACUGGCAAUAGCUGAUGAUGAUGAUGAUGAUGAUCUUAUUUAUAAUAUGGAGCUACCAAUCGUGUUUCUGGAGUUUUUAGAAGCCAUUGUCCACUUAUCUUUUGAAUGGUACUCUGAGAAACAAAACAAGAAACAAGAAAUGAAGAUUAAAGAGAAAAGUAUUAAAAAUGAGCCUACAAGAGCAUCAGCUGAGGCUGAAGUGUUCUCUGAAGACAAGAAUGAAACGGAAAGAGAAGAGAAUGAAGAGGAGAAAGAAGUGGAGAAAGAAGUAGAGGAGAAGGAGCAAGGGGCAGCAAAGGGAAACAUAGAGAAAAGCACCAGCAGCUUCCAUAGCAUGUCAUUAAGAGAAGACAUAAAUGUAGAUGUAGCACAGGAGUCAGGUGCAAUAAUAGAAGAGUUUGUAAAGCAACGAUUACAAUUGAAAUGACAAAAAAUAAUAGCAACAAUAAUAAAAAAUUUAAAACAACAAAAAGGCAUAAACAAUAAUAACAACAAU